UGUUUGUAUGGCAACCCAGCGGGAAAUGUGCGUGGUGUUCUCGUUUGAAUGGCAUAGAACUUUGAUCAGACGCUGACAGAUGGGGCCCGAGCCUUGAGUUCUGAUGAGUUGCUUAUCUCCUACCUCGCUCGCUCUGCCUCUGCAGUACCCCCUGCUUAUCCCCUCCCGAGUCCGUCGCCUCCUCGGCAUUCCGUCGAACACCAUGACGAGCGUGGCGGCGGCGGUCGCCCUCCUCCGCCUCCCUCUCGCCCGCCUCUCCUCCCACCUCCGGUCCCUCCCUGCCCCUCCCGUCCCGUCCGCUCGCCUCCGCCUCUCCGCCCCCCACCGCCCUCUCUGCUCCCUCCUCACCGGCCACGGCCUCGCCGUAGCGGCCGUGUCCGAGGCGGUGGCCGCGGCGGACGAAGAAGAGUUCGAAGCGACGGAGGAGCAGCAGGAGGAGGAGGCGCCCCCCUCCUUCGUGCUCCCGCGGCUGCCGCGGCCGAAGCUCGACGUGAAGGAGCGGAAGGAGCUCGCCUCGUACGCGCACGGCCUCGGCAAGAAGCUCAAGUCGCAGCAGGUUGGGAAGGGCGGCGUGACGCCCAACCUCGUCACCGCCUUCACGGACAACCUUGAGUCCAACGAGCUCCUCAAGCUAAAAAUUCAUGGGAAUUGCCCUGGAGAACUACCUGAUGUGAUACGACAACUUGAGGAGUCAACCGGAUCCAUUGCUGUCGACCAAAUUGGCCGCUCAGUUAUUCUAUAUAGGCCUAGCUCCAGCAAGAUGAAAAAGAGGGAAGAAGUUGCUAGAAACAGGGAAGAGUAUGCAAGAAACAAUCCGAGGUUUGGAAAAUCUGAAAAUGCAUUUGAAGAACGUCCUAGGAACAACAGCGCAGGCAGGAGGUUCGUAAAAUCUGGGUCGACAUUUAGGACUCAACAGAAGCGAAGACCGGUAGCAUCCAAGGGGUCGUCAUACAGCCGAGGGUAGCAGCACUGAAAAUAACAGAUUGUUUUUCUUAUUGUUUGGAGGAAUCAUGUAAAUUUUAGACCAACUAGUAGUUGUAUAAUGGACAUUAGUGUUUAGUUUGUGCUAGUAAACCAUGAUUCCAAGUCUCAUCAGCCACAAAGACAGGCUAACACUAACACCACUUCAAUUUGUUGUGAUUCCCUUUCA